GCUCCCAACACUGCUGUGCACGGCCCUGUUUACAGUGCCUGCGUGGGGACAGCACCAGCACACGCAUACACGAUGACAGCCCGGGCAUUCCUUCGCCUUUCGGACGAUUUACGUGAAGCGUUUGCCUCGGCGCAAGACGAUGAAUCGGUGCGCUACCUGCGCGUGGAGGUCGUGAACGGGGACACCUUGACGACGGUUGGGUCGAGCGCAAAGGGCGCGGAUAUCAAGACAGACUUCGAUUCCCUCGCACAGGAAGUGGUCGAGGCAACACCCUGUCUGUUCUUGGUGGCGUUGGACGGCGACGAAUUGAAGUCGAUCACGGGACGCGGGGGCGCAGCAGGAGGGGCGGCACGGCUGUGGCUGCUGGUAGCGUGGAUCCCCGAUGAUUCCAAGGCGAGUGCGGGAGAAGAUGAUCUACUCGACGUCGAAGCAGGACGUUCGCCAGGGCCUCGGUCUCGGGUUCUUCGAGGGGGAGUACUACGCCAAUGUCCCAAGCGACCUGACCUUCGAGAGCUUGGUGGCGAGCAGGCGUGCCGGCAGCGGCGACCAGUUGCUAAGCGAGGCAGAGCUGCUGAAGCGAGAUCUCAACAAGCAGGAGAGGGCGAGUGAUGCGGGCAUGAAGUCGGCCGCGAUGGGGGUGAUUCCGUUCAAGGUCAAGGGCGACCUUAGGGCGCAGCUCCAAACGUUCGGCUCUGGCGGAGGUGACGUGGAUUGGAUUGAGAUGCGCAUGGAUGGCGAGGAAAUUGCUCUCGUGGGUGCCAAGACCAUCGCCGAGGUCGCCGAUCUGGAAGAGUUGAUUGACGAGGAGGAGCCACGGUUUAUUCUCCUGCGUCGGGAUCACUCGAAAUUCCUGGUGUACAGUUGCCCGGAAGAGUCUGCGGUGAGGUUGAAGAUGACAUAUUCUUCCAGCAAGGCCAGCGUCGUUGCCGCUGCCGCAGAAGCAGGCGUCACCGUGGACCACAUGGUGGAGAUUCGCGCUGCCAACGAAAUAGACGAGGCGGUCGCACACGCUGUUCGUGGAAGCAAGGAGCACGCUGCGGGGAGGGAGGGGGGAGUGGGGGGGGAGGGCACCACCAUAAGCCCCCCGGUGCCCGCGGUAGCUCGGCCUAGCAGACCUGGACGGGGAAGGGCGAGGCUCACGAAGCGAUCGUAGACAGCGGUGCUAGUUGCUGCCUCAUUUGAUUUUGGUGGGUAGGAAGGAAUAGUGUGGUAGGGCUGUGGUCUGCUCGAUGCAGAAAUAUUGUAUAUUGGUUGGUGACAACUCGUAACGUGUGAAAGGUGGCAUAAAAAGUCGGCGGUAAACGUGCAUACAACCUGUUCCUGGCGUGUUGACUGGAGGGGGUUGCCGUCUGGGAUAAAAAACCGAAGCCGUCGUAGAGUAGACAAGAAGUACCGCGAGGUCACGUGGAAUGGGCAAGCUUGGUGUGGGGUUCCGUAUUUCCGUGGGGAUCUACCGUGCAUCAGACUAUCGUAGGGCGGGGAAAAGUCGGGAUGCGGAAGGGACUCGGGAGCACAAAAAAGCGUUGAAUCUGUUGUGUGUGCGUUAUGCGCUACUAUAGUUGGAGUUCCAAGAAUAAAUAUAACAGCCAUCCGGCCAGGAUUGAUCCUCAAUCCUCAAAGUUUUGAGGAUCUUGUGUGUGAAUUUACCGCCUACAGUAUGCAGCUGCGAGGGGGGGGCAUUCCAUUGCAUUUUUUUAUGGUGUAUGCUUGCUGUGCAUAUAACCCGUUCCUUUUGUGUGCAGAGGCUACACAUCCAACAUUGUCCAAUCCGUGCGGCGAUUGAUCGACAUGAAGUAAUCACUUGUUCUACUCGAACUACUAUUUUGUUGGAUACUGUACCCAAUAAUCCUA